AUGGAACUAGAUGCCCAUCUCAACCAAAGUAGUUUUCGCCACCAUUUGCCAUUGCUUAACCGCCUCCUGAUUAUGUAUUUGUCUUGUGGUUUUAUCGAAAAUGCCCACCAAUUGUUUGAUAGAAUGCCCAUUAAAGAUUUGAACUCUUGGGCUGCAAUGAUUUUCGCUUAUGUGGAUGAGGAAAAGUAUGAGGAAGCUAUACAUUUGUUCAUAAAAAUGCAACACAUAUACCAAUACCAUUGUAAUGAAGGAAUUCUCAAAUUUCCGGUUUCAUGGAUUGUGGUAUGCAUUUUACAGGCAUGCGUUAGUACAAUGAACUUGGAGUUUGGGAGACAAAUACAUGGCUGGUUAAUGAAGGCAGGCUAUUCCAAUGAUCUGUUUUUGAGCAGCACCUUGGUUAGCUUUUACGGGAAAUUGGGAUGCUUAGAAGGUGCUGACUUUGUUUUUGAUCAAACUUCUGGACGAAACACUGUUGUUUGGACGGCUUACAUUGCCAAUUAUUGUAAGGAAGAGCGUUUCGAUGAAGUUAUUGGUGUGUUUAAGGAGAUGGGGAGGGAAGGAGUGAAGAAGAAUAGCUUUACGUUUUCUAGUGUUCUCAAGGCCUGUGGAAAGUUGAGGGAUGAUGGAUACUGUGGUCGACAAGUCCAUGCCAACACGAUAAAAUUAGGGGUUAAUUUGAAAAGUUAUGUGCAGUGCGGAUUGGUUGACAUGUAUGGGAAAUUUGGGUUAGUGAGAGAUGCUAGAAGGGUGUUUGAGAUGAAUGGUGUAAAGAAAAAUGCUGCAUGCUGGAAUGCAAUGCUUAACGCUUACAUACAACAUGGAUGUUGCAUUGAGGCUGUUAAGCUGGAAUGCCAGGUUUUCCUCUGUUAACUGCUCCCAAUCACUGGCUGGUGGUUCUUAUCUUUUCUAUGGAACUUUGGAAGCAUCCUGGCAUGGCAAUUCCACAAUUGGCUAUACCUGGGAUGGAUACUGAUACUUGUUUUUGAUAGAUUGCUAUAUUUCUGGAGAUUUUACAUUCUUUCAAGGCUUCAGAUAUGAGAGAUUGAUUGCCAUAUUUCUGGGUGUUGGAGCAGCAUCUUUCUGAUGCAGCAAGUGUAGAAAUUGCAAUAGGUAUGUGAACGGUAGUCUUGGCUGAGUGUGUCUAUAAUUUGUAUAUUAAGAAUUUGGCGCAGUGGUUAAGUUUAUUCCAUUUAUCACCUGGG